UAGAUAGAUAGAAAGCUCGCUUUUGCACAACCGGAGAAGGUUUUUUUUCCCGAGCGAAAGCAGCGAGCGCAUCGUGGCGGCCGACGGGGACGACUGGAAAACUUCACAGUAAGAAACAAAUCUGAGAGAACGGGAGCAAACCGGAUAAGGAUUGAAGGACGUGAAGAUAUAUAAUAGCGAUAGAAAUUAAAGAAAAAGAAAAGAAAAAGAAAAAGAGUUUGGAUAACAACGCGCGGGGGUGACUGGUGACUGGUGACUCUGGUACGCGGAGGAAUUUAUUGCCGUUAACCGGGAAUCGCGCGCGUUGUGCUUGUGCGCCCGCGCACGUGCAUGUGUACACCGGAGAGGACAAGGUGUCUCUGUGCGUUUGAGCGGAGAGCAGAGCGUUAGGAGAGUGGACAGGAGAGGCGGCACAAUGCGGAGACGGAGCUCCACUUUCACCGCCGCUGCCUGCGUCUAUCUCCUGAUACACUGCUUCUGCACGGAGCUGUGUGAAGCAUCAGGCUACUUUGAGUUGCGUGUGCUGACAGUCAGGAACGUCAACGGGGAGCUGCAGAGCGGCUCCUGCUGCGAUGGUACACGGAACACGGCGGACAACAGAUGCACGCAGGACGAGUGCGACACAUAUUUCCGCCUGUGCCUUAAGGAGUACCAAUCCAAAGUGACCCCCGGUGGGCCGUGCAGUUUUGGCAGUGGAUCUACUCCGGUGAUCGGUGGGAACGUUGUCUCAACCAAAAACCUGGCAGAAAACGACAAGGCUCGCAUCAUGCUGCCUUUCAGCUUCGCCUGGCCGCGGUCGUACACAAUGAUCGUGGAGGCCUUGGACUUCAACAACGACUCAAGCACUGGCAGCGGCGGCGGUCAAGUGAUCGAGAGAGCCAUGCAGUCAGGGAUGAUCAACCCAAGCCGACAGUGGCAGACUCUUAAACACAACGGUGGGGUGGCACAGUUCGAGUACCAGAUCCGCGUCACCUGCGACGAAUACUAUUACGGCUUUGGAUGCAACAAAUUCUGCCGGCCACGAGACGACUUCUUCGGCCACUAUAACUGUGACCACAACGGCAACAAGACGUGCCUGGAGGGUUGGGCUAGCCCCGAAUGCAGCACCGCAAUCUGUAAGCAAGGCUGUAGCACUAAACAUGGAUCCUGUAAAGCACCCGGAGAGUGCAGGUGUUUGUAUGGGUGGCAGGGGGAGUAUUGUGAUCAGUGUAUCCCACACCCCGGCUGUGUGCACGGUACCUGUGAGGAACCGUGGCAGUGUCUCUGUGACACCAACUGGGGAGGACAGCUCUGUGACAAAGACCUAAACACGUGUGCCACACGGCAGCCGUGUCUGAAUGGAGGAACAUGCAGUAAUACAGGACCAGACAAGUAUCACUGUUCCUGUCCUGAUGGUUACUCAGGCCAGAACUGCGAAAGAGCGGAUAAUGCCUGUCUUUCGGAACCGUGUCUGAAUGGAGGACGCUGUACGGAGAGCAGUCAGGGCUUUGAGUGCCAGUGUGCUCCCGGAUGGACUGGUCCGACCUGCGCCAUCAACAAAGAUGACUGCAAUCCUAACCUGUGUAACCAUGGAGGGACGUGUGUGGACCUUGUCAACGGCUUCAAGUGCGUCUGUCCUGCGCAGUGGAUCGGCAAAACCUGUCUCAUUGAUGCGGAUGAAUGUGCUGAGAACCCGUGUGUCAAUGCUCACGUCUGCCGAAACCUGAUUGGUGGAUACUUCUGUGAGUGUCUCCCCGGUUGGACAGGACCGAACUGUGACAUUAAUGUUAAUGACUGCGAAGGGCAAUGUCUAAAUGGAGGAACUUGUAAGGACCUGGUGAAUGGGUACAAGUGUUUGUGUGCAGCAGGAUUCUCAGGCGAUCAUUGUGAGAAAGAUAUCGAUGAGUGUGCGAGUCAGCCCUGUCUGAACAAGGGCCAGUGCCGCGAUGAUGUCAACGGCUUCCAGUGCCUGUGCCUGCCUGGUUUCUCUGGAAACUUAUGCCAGUUGGAUAUUGACUACUGCGAGGGAAAUCCAUGUCAGAAUGGAGCGCCGUGUUUUAACCUGGCGACGGAUUAUUACUGUAAAUGUCCUGAGGAUUACGAGGGCAAGAACUGCUCCCAUCUCAAAGACCACUGUCGCACCACACCUUGCGAAGUGAUUGACAGCUGCACGGUCGCUGUAGUUUCGAACAGCACCCCGGGCAAUGUGCGUUACAUCUCCUCCAAUGUUUGCGGUCCUCACGGCCAGUGCCGUAGCCUCAACGGUGGCCAUUUCAGCUGCGAGUGUCAGGAGGGCUUCACUGGAACGUACUGCCACGAGAACAUUAACGAUUGCGAGAGCAGCCCCUGCAUUAACGGAGGGACAUGUAUCGAUAAAGUGAAUGUGUACCAGUGUAUCUGCGCUGACGGCUGGGAGGGACCUGACUGCAAGACUAAUAUCGAUGACUGCAGCAAGAACCCGUGUCACGAUCGCGGUGUGUGUCGUGACCUUGUAAAUGACUUCUACUGCGAGUGCAAAAACGGCUGGAAGGGCAAGACCUGUCACUCACGUGAGAGCCAGUGCGACGAUACGACGUGUAACAACGGUGGUACGUGCUACGAUGAAGGAGAUUCCUUCAAAUGCAUGUGUGCGUCUGGCUGGGAGGGGACGAGCUGCAACAUCGCGAAGAACAGCAGCUGUAUUCCCAACCCGUGUGAGAACGGCGCCACCUGCGUCGUCAGUGGCGACCGUUUCACCUGCGUGUGCAAGGAAGGAUGGGAGGGACUCACCUGCAGCCAGAACUCGAAUGACUGCAACCCACACCCAUGCUACAACAGCGGGACGUGUGUAGAUGGGGAUAAUUGGUACCGGUGCGAGUGUGCCGCAGGCUUCGCCGGACCCGACUGUCGCAUCAACAUUAACGAGUGUCAGUCAUCUCCGUGUGCGGCCGAUGCGACGUGUGUGGACGAGAUUAACGGCUACCGCUGCUUGUGUCCGUCUGGGAGAACCGGAGCGAGGUGUCAGGAAGUGAACAGACUUCCCUGUACGGAUGGCGGCCACGUUGUAGCUGACGGAGCGAGAUGGGACAAGGACUGUAACUCCUGCUACUGUCACAAUGGCAGAGUCACCUGCACAAAGCUGUCGUGCGGGCCGAGUCCGUGUCGCCUGCUUGGGUCCGAGCGAGGAGAUUGUCCUGUGGGCCAAUCGUGUGUUCCGGUGCAGGAGGACCACUGCUUCGUGCGGCCGUGUCCAAAGCAAGGCGAGUGCUGGUCUGAUCAGAUCACGCCCGUCCAGUCCCGGUGCCACCCAGAGAGCGACUGCGCCAAUGUCACGUUCACUUUCACGAAAGAUGUCAUGCCAAAGGGUGUGACGGUGGAGCAGGUGUGUCGAGAGCUGCGCAGUCUCGAUGUGGUGAAGAAUCUCUCAUCCGAGUUCUCCAUCUCCAUCACCUGUGAGCCUUCCACCACCGCCAGCAGCGAAAUUCACGUCGCCAUCCAGGUUUCCGAUGACGGUGGCAGCAGCCACGCACCGGUUAAAGGGAUCACGGACAGGAUCAUCGACGUGGUGAGCAAACGCAGCACUAACAGCACAAUCCUCACUGCCAUUGCGGAGGUCCGUGUCCAGCAAAGGCCCAGCAGCAUCCCCAACGAUUACCUGGUGCCAGUGCUAGUUUCUGUGGCUACAGUGAUCUGGGCGCUAGCCUUGGCAUGGGCAGCGUUCUGGUGUGUACGUCGACGUCGCAAGCAGAACGCGAGCGCCACAGCAACUGGGUACACAGCCGCACCAUUGGCCGCGCCGACGGCCGAGGACAACAACGCAGCCAACAACGCACGUGAGAACCUGCACCAGAUCAAAAACCACAUUGAGAAAAACGCCGUCAGCGCCAAGAUCGGACCGCAAAAACUCCCGCCUCAGGAGACGAUAACGCCUGAGGACGACCCGGACACCGAGAAACGUCUCCACAAAGCGCGGUUUCCACGGCGACCGGUGUACGCGCUAGUGGAGUGCGACGAGCGGCCUCGUGGCCUGCACGAAAAACGAGCUCACUGGACUAACAAACGCGACAACAGAGACUUGGAGUCCCAGAACAGCUUGCACAGAAUGGAGUAUAUCGUAUAGCGGCUGCAAGGAAACUAGGUAUGCUAGGCAGCAGUCACCGUGACAACCGUUACGGCUGCACCCCAGAGGUGAAGGACUAGAGUCAGCACCGAAAUUUUCCGGCUCACCCUUCGAGCGGGAGACUCGGCCUCUGUUACGGGAAAUUGGACCGUUUUGUGUCGAGAUGAAGAAAAAGGAGAAAAUGAGGAAACGUCCCCACAGCAAAAUUUAUGGCAUAGACACACUGACUAAUUGGGUCAGAUCGAGGUUGUUGUGGGUUGGCUGGUUUUCCGGUUUUCCCCCGGUUUAAAAAGAAAAAAAAAUAACAAUCAUGUCGUCUCGGGUACUUUACCUAGCGAUGAAUUUACAAACAAGCGAUUUUUUUUGUCAUCGUGGAUAAAUUCGAAUUCCUUUGUGUGCGGUAGAAUUUCGAAGGCACACCGAUUUGCACUCAGCAAGAAUGCGUCAGUGUUUUUUUUUUGUUUUUUUGUUUUUUUGUUUUUUUCUUCAGAUCAUUUCACAGAGAUGGAGGGUUUAGACCUGAUUCCUCAGAUCUCAUAAAAACCCCCGCUGUGUAUCAGAGCGGACGUGCUGAUAGAAGUAAAGCUGAUCUCAGACCAGGUUUGCUGUUUAGGUUCACUAGUAGAGAUGAAGGGAAUGUUGUCUCAGUGAUAUUUCAGACCAUCGUCUCGACACGACUCCAAACGGGAGAAACCUCCUAGCUCGCUUCAUAGCGUACGUCUGAGGGCAGCCGUCUUAAUCCUCACGUUUUUAGCAGUAAAUCAUUUGAGUCAUUUUCUCUCGUCUCAUCUGGUGUGUUUUGAGUGUAACAGCUGCCCUUAGUUUGCUGUUAUAAAGCGAGUUUUUUCUACAGACACAGGAAAUCGAAACAGGGUUGAAAAACGCAGAGUCGUCUUUUAAAUGUUUAUAAUAUGAACGAACACCCUGGAUCUGACGCCGGGGGUGAGCCGACUCGCAAAACACAAAAACAUCGGAUAUCGUGAUGCUCAAAGAUCACGAUAAAGAACGACAAGGCAAAUGAUCCGGCUGAGGGAAGACGAGUUGCUCUUAGAUGCUUUCAGUAAAGCGCGACGUAUCGUAUCUUCGUAUCGUAUCGCCGUAUCGUAUCGCCGUAUCGUAUCGGCCCACCCCUGAGUAAAAAACACGUUAAUUAAACUUCCUGUUAGCACAAAAGUGCCUGCAACACCACCCCACGACAACCACAACAACCAAAACUUUAUCAUCUUCAUCAUCUUCAUCAUUAAUAUUAUUAUUAUUAUUAUUUAUUGUCAUGCGUAUUGUUUUGUUUUGCAGGUGGCAGGUCAAACUUCAGUCCCUUGCAAUAUGAAGAAUUUAAUUGUUGACUUUUACUAUGACGUCCACGUUGUGUAGAUGUUUCUUUUGUAUGUACAUAUGUUUUUUAAUUAAUCAUUGUGUAUAUUUGAUUUAAUAACUUAAUAUUCGAGAGCCUAUCAUUCCUUUAUUUUUAUUUUUUUUUAAUUUAUGUGCUUCAUUUAGAUUCGAAGGUUCGACAGCUUUGUAAGCUUUCUACUUCCUUAUUUUUGACAGAAAACGUUUGUUUCACAUGCAAAUAAAUAAAUAAUUAAAUACAUCAUAAUAAUAAUAAUAAUAAUAAUAAUAAUAAUAAUAAUAAUGCCAAAAGUGUUUAUGAAAGAAUAGUUUUAAUUUUUAUUUCUGUAUGAAAUGAAAAUGCGCUGUACAAACUUUAAAAAAAAAAAAAUUUACACUUCAAUGGUUUGGUCAGGAUUAUUCCUGGAAUGUUUCUGAAACAGUGGUGGAGAACGAUGGGAAAGAAAGAAAGAAAGAAAGAAAGAAAGAAAGAAAGAAAGAAACAUGAAUUAACGCGUCUUACCACAAAGACAAACAUUAAAGUGAGUAGGCAUUUCUGCAGUGGUGUAUUUCUAUAUUUUGUCAUGAAUCAGUCUAGAAUGUUCUGUCGCUGUGUUGAUAUAAGCAACACUCUUCCCGUAGCAGUAUUUCUGUAGUGAGGUGAAAUUAAAGCUCAUAGCCAGCUGUUUUCUUUUCCCAAACGACUGAGGAAACGAGAAGUAGAGCGUUUUACAAAUUCAAAGAGCUUCACUUUUCCUGGAAAAAUCAAAUCUCUGUAUGAUUUUUGUAAAAUAUUUUGUUAUUACCUUAAUCGUUUUAGGACAGAAUUAAAGGGCAGGUCCGUCAAAGUAGUAGUGAGCUCUUUCCUCUGAGUGACGCUGGCCAGGACAUGGUACAGUUUUUUUUUUUUUUAGGCCUCUCAGAACAAAAAAAACAAGACAAGUUUUGGUUUUACUUUAGUGUUAAACUUGAGAACUUUUGCUAUUUUUUUUUUGUCUUUAUUUGUGUGUCAUUUGAAAGAAA